AUGACAUCGCUCGCUGACGUGCCUGGCUCGACGGCCCACAAGAUCUUUCUCCACUCUCGUCGUCCGUCUCUCUUUUCAUCACGCGGCCAUGAUAGACUCCGAAACCCUUCACGAUGCGUUGAACAAGGAUCUCACCCAACCCAUCCCCGAGUCGACAGUCUCGAAGAUCAUCUCCCUCCCCCUUUCAUCCCUCUCGGCGGCGUCUCGAAUUUCCGAGAUCUGAGCUACGAGAACAACCUCCGCCCCGGCUACGUCUAUCGGUCUGCCAAUCUUUCCGAUAUCACCGACGAUGGCAAACGCAUGCUCGCGGACGAGUUGGGCGUGACGACCAUCUUUGAUCUGCGCAAUGAGAGUGAGCGAGUCAAGGCCCCGGCUCCUCGAAUCGAUGAGAUCGAGACCGUCUGGGAGCCAUAUGGUGGCAAACCGGCGUCGUUGAGCCUACGUGAUUUCGCUGGAAAUGAUCAUGGUGUGCGCGGGUUCGUCCAAAUGUACUCGGGCAUUCUAGAAGCCUCGGCUCCAGCGUUCGGACAUGUCUUUCUGCAUAUCAGAGAUCAGCCGCAUGAUCCAUUUGUCUUCCACUGUUCCGCCCCCUCUGGGCCGGUCGGUUCUGCGUUUGAUCAGCGCAGUGAGACUUUCCUUACUGACUGUGUUUCUUUCACAGCCGGCAAAGAUCGGACGGGUGUGCUGGCAGCACUCAUCCUCUCCUUGAUGGGCCGGCCCCAUCAGGAGAUCAUCGAGGACUAUAUUCUGACUCGGGCGGGACUGGAAUGUGUGCGUGAAAAUCUGGCCCAGGCGCUGGAUCUGGACGAGGGCACCGAUCAUCUUAGUCCCGAGGCGAUCGGCAUGUUGGAGCUGAGCGGUGUGCGGGCACCCGCCAUGGCCGCCUUCUUGAAGCACUUGGAGUCCACCUACGGCAGUGGCGCCGAGGGAUAUCUCACCAAAAAGCUUGGCUUUACUUCAAUUGACAUUCAGAAGAUGGUGAAGAACUUGAGUGCAUGA